AUGACUUCAAGUACCAACGGAACAAAUGGUCAGACCAACGGCAAUACCAAUGGCUGCUCUACCAACGGUCACGGUGCGAAUGGUCCAACUGGCACAAAGACUGGAGACUUAUUCCGCGACUACGCUGAUGACCGCAAUGCCUCAUCAGAGGAUGUUGUGUAUACUACAGCUAAUGGAGUUCCUUACCCACAUCCCUACGAAACCCAGCGUGUCGGAGAGAAUGGUCCACUUCUUCUUCAGGACCAUCACCUGAUCGACCUACUCUCUCACUUCGACCGCGAACGUAUCCCAGAGCGUGUCGUACACGCCAAAGGAGCCGGUGCCCACGGCACAUACACAACGACAGAUUCCCUUGAGGACUUGUGCUUAGCGCCCCUCUUUCAAAAGGGCCAAACCUGCUCCGUCACGGCACGCUUCAGCACUGUCGGUGGCGAGUCUGGCUCUCACGACUGCGCCCGAGACCCUCGUGGAUUCUCAGUGAAGUUCCGGACCCAAGAAGGAAACUGGGAUGUUGUUGCAAACAAUACUCCAGUGUUCUUCUUGCGUGAUCCGGCCAAAUUCCCUCACUUCAUCCAUACACAGAAGCGAUCCCCUCAAACACAUCUCACCCAUGCCGACGACUCCACGAAUUUUUGGUCGUAUGCGAGUGAAAAUCCGGAGAGCGCACAUCAGUUUUUGAUUCUCUUUGGAGAUCGUGGUAUUCCAGAUGGAUAUCGUAAAAUGCACGGCUAUCACGGCCACACCCACAAGCUACUCAACAAGAACGGCGACUGGGUAUACAUGCAACUUCAUUUCAAGAGCAAACAGGGCACAGGCUUCAUCACGCAGGAGGAUUCAGCCAACUAUGGUCCCGACUACUCAACCAAAGAUCUCUUCCAGGCCAUUGAGAAGGGCGAAUUCCCAGGCUGGGACGUCAUGGUUCAGACCAUGACGGCCAAGGAGGCCGAGGACCUUUGGGAUAAUCAAAAGAUCAACGUCUUUGACCUCACUCAUGUCUGGCCUCAGAGCCAGUUCAAGCUCCGCAAGGUCGGAGAGUUCUUCCUCAACGAAAAUCCGCAAAAUUACUUCGCCGAGGUGGAACAGAUUGCAUUCAACCCAGCCCACUUGAUUCCUGGAAUUGAGCCCUCGGCGGACCCUGUCCUACAGUCUCGCUUGUUCUCUUACCCGGAUGCGCACCGUCACCGAGUCGGAGUAAACUACCAGCAACUGCCCGUGAACGCGCCACGAGUGCCAUACCGGAUGGGUAACUUCCAGCGUGACGGUAGCAUGGCUUUCUACAACCAAGGCUCUCGUCCCAAUUACCUGUCCUCUAUCGAGCCCAUCUCUUUCCGUCCACGCACUGUGGACCUGGACAAGCUACAUGGCCAAUUCGCUGGCGACGCCAUCACCUUCCUCUCCGAGAUUCGCCCGGAGGACUUCAACGCUCCCCGUGCGCUCUGGGAGAAGGUGUUUGAUGACGGCGCGAGGGAGCGCUUCAUUAGCAACAUCACGGGACACAUGGAGAAUUGCACGGAUAAGGAGAUUAUCAAGCGCCAGAUUGGUAUCUUUAGAGAGGUCAGUGAGGACAUUGCCAGCCGCAUGGAGAAGGCGACUGGGAUCAAAGGAUACAAUGGCAUUAGUGAGUUGAGGUUUAAUGGAACACACAAUGGCAUGACCAAGGACGCCAAGUUGAGGGUUGCGAAUGGGAUGGAUGGCAUUAGCAAGAAGUAUGCGGAGAGGAAUACUGCCAAUGGUGCGCCGAGGGCGGAUACGCAUCGUGAUGUGAUGGAGGCCAAAUAG